CUCCAUUCACAUGUCUGGAUCGGAGGUCUGUGGCGCUAAUCCUCUUAAAUCCUGGUCAGACUGAGGCGGAGCAAAAGCAAGCAUUUAGUUUCCUUUCAGCUCAGUUUCACUGUGGCGGGACGCGCAGAGCGCAUGGACUCUCCCGUUUAAACAAACAUAAACAAAACUUCAACAUGAUGUGUGUGGGGGGGAUUCUGUAGAGUAGCUGCCUGUGGAGACGGCGCGCUCAGAAGGGGGACCAGAUGCGGCUCUUGCCAUGGCUGCUGCCGGGAAGCAGAGCUUUCAGGUGGCGUUGAUCUGGCUGUGCGUCGCUCAGCUGACCGCAGGCCUGAAGUGCGUGUGCCCGCUGUGCGCCAACCACACCUGUGAGACGGCCGCAGAUGGAGCCUGCUGGAACUCAGUGAUGCUGAUUGAAGGGAAGGAGGAGACAGUCAAAUCCUGCCUCUCUCCCUCUGAGAUGAAGGGUCAGGUUUUCUGCUACAGCUCCAGGAACGUCUCCAAGAGGAGCUGUUGCUUCACUGACUUCUGCAACAAUGAGACUCUGCACUUGCACCGAGAGAGGCCUGCAGAGGAGCCAGUCUGGAGCAGGCUGCAGCUCACUGUGGUCAUCCUGGUGCCCUCCUGCUUGCUGUUUGUUGGGAUCCUGCUGGGUGUGUGCGUCGUGCAGGGACACCGUUGUGCCUACAGCCGAGCCAACAGGCAAGACUCUGAGGAGCCUUUGGAUGAUCAGAUGCUGAUGUCUCCUGAUAAAUGUCUCCAAGAUCUGAUUUAUGACAUGAGCACCUCUGGUUCAGGGUCAGGGCUACCGCUGUUGGUGCAGAGGACCAUUGCUCGGACCAUAGUCCUGCAGGAGACCAUCGGAAAAGGUCGCUUUGGCGAGGUCUGGCGUGGCAAAUGGCGGGGAGAGGAUGUAGCUGUGAAGAUCUUCUCCUCCCGUGAUGAGCGGUCCUGGUUCCGGGAAGCAGAGAUUUAUCAGACCAUCAUGCUCAGGCAUGAAAAUAUACUGGGCUUCAUUGCUGCUGAUAACAAAGAUAAUGGUUCAUGGACCCAGCUCUGGUUGGUGUCAGAGUAUCAUGAGCAUGGGUCCCUGUAUGAUUACCUGAACAGGUACACAGUCUCGGUGGAGGGCAUGAUCAGUCUGGCUCUGUCUGUAGCCAGCGGGCUAGCUCACCUUCACAUGGAAAUCAUCGGCACACAAGGAAAGCCUGCAAUCGCUCACCGAGAUCUGAAGUCUAAAAAUGUCCUGGUUAAGAGGAAUGGGACGGCAGUGAUCGCAGAUUUGGGUUUAGCUGUUAAACACGAUUCCAGCACAAAUACUAUUGACAUACCAUCCAACCACAGGGUGGGAACAAAGAGGUACAUGGCUCCAGAGAUCCUGGAUGAGUCGAUCAAUAUGAACAACUUUGAAUCAUUUAAGAGGGCAGAUAUCUACUCUCUUGGCUUAGUUUUCUGGGAAUUAGCCAGAAGAUGUUCUGUAAGAGGACUUCAUGAAGACUUUCAGCUGCCUUAUUAUGACAUGGUGCCUUCUGAUCCGUCAAUUGAGGACAUGAAAAGGGUUGUUUGUGAUCAGAAACUCAGACCAAACAUUCCCAACCAGUGGCAGAGCUGUGAGGCUCUGCGUGUGUUGGGAAGAUUGAUGAGAGAGUGCUGGUAUGCCAAUCCUUCUGCGCGACUAACGGCACUUCGAGUCAAGAAAACUGUGGCUCAGCUGUCGGCUAUCAAAGACAUCAAAGACUAGUUUCGCUCGCUUGCAGGUCAUCACUGGUGUUGACACUGGUGUCAUGGAAUAAACUUGGAGAAAAUAGACUCUGCUUUUCAGCAGGAAACCACAACCUGUGUUUGUUGCCAAACGAUAAAAAAAAAAAUGGGGAGUCUGUCGAAUCUUCGAACAUAGACAUCUAGCAGCUGACUUCUCAUUCAGCUGUAGUUAGGUAGAGAGACCCAUGUUAUGUUAAAUGUGAUUAUUUUGCUACCUCAGUAUCUGAAGUGCCCAAAGCUUGAAGUUGCACAAUUUUUUGUUUUUGUUUCAUUGCUUAUGGAAAUAUACACCCCAUUCGACACGUGUUUUACCAACACACAUACAGAUUUUCCUGGAAAAUAUGAAAUAUUUUUGCACAAUUAUAAUAUCUCUUUUGUAUACACUUUCCUGAAGGUUUGGUAAAGGGAACUGUCUUUUUACAAAUGGAAGAGAUAACCAGAGUAUAUAUAAGCCUUUUAGAAAAUGUAAACUUUGAAGUUAAUCAGAAUAUUUAUUGCAGAGCUCUCAGGAAGGAAAUCUGAAAAUGUUUUAACUUAAGGGAAAAUUCUAUUUUUUAGGGGGAGUGUUGCAGUCAAAUGUAGCAGUAGAGUUCUUACCCAGCAAAGUGAAGUUUUUUACCACAAACAAAAAUUUAAAAUGAGCAAGGAAAAAAAACA